AUGAACUUGCCGCAAUAUGCGCAGAAAGUACUUGAAGGAGCUGUCGUUGGCUGUUUGCGAGAGAAGUACCGACAGUCAGCGCACAAUACAAUAGAACUCAGUGCACCUUGUAAGCAAGAGAUUACCAAAGCCAUAGUGGAUGCAGAGUUUGACCCACAACUCGACUUGCCGUUGUAUCAUGCAUGCCAGGAAACAAUUAAGUUGCACUGCUCCUCAACAAUCAUUGCUAAGAGCGGUGGUUUCGACACUGUAUUAGAAUGCCUAAAAGCAGAUUUCUAUAAAGGAGCUAUCUCAGACAGAGAUUGUAGUAAGGAGUUGGCUCGUCGCGUUGAAGAAACCAUGGUAGACAUUCAUCUUGAUCCAUCAUUGCAUGAGGCAUGUUCCAUCGAUAUCCAGCGACUAUGUGCAGAUGUAGUUCCAGGACAUAGUCGAGGUUUGUAA